AUGGAACCCUUUCGCGUGCGCCUCAACUGCAUCGACCAUUACCAGGCUAGUCCCUCAGAGUUGGACCCUCCACUGCCUUUUCGAAGUGGUGUAUCUGAAAAGGACUACCGGCCCCGAGUACCGGUGAUCCGAAUAUUUGGCGCCACUGAGACUGGGCAAAGGAUAUGCGUUCAUGUCCAUGGCGCAUUUCCAUACCUCUACAUCGAGUAUAAUGGGUCUUUAGAACCGGAAGCGGUGAGCUCAGCGACUCGUGCUCUCCAUCUCUCUAUUGACCAUGCCUUGGCUGUUAGCUACCGCCGUAAUGCCUAUGACAGAAAGACAGCAUACGUUGCACAUAUUACCCUGGUGAAAGGAAUACCCUUCUAUGGAUACCACGUCGGUUAUCGUUUCUUCUUCAAGAUUUAUCUUCUCAACCCAUUUUAUAUCACCCGCCUCGCCGAUCUAUUUCACCAAGGUGCAGUCAUGAAACGCCAAUUACAACCGUACGAAAGCCAUAUGCAGUAUGUUCCGCAAUGGAUGUGCGACUACAAUUUGUACGGAUGUAACUACAUGGACUGCGGCAAAGUGAAAUUUCGCGGUCCGGUACCCGACUAUAUGGAGCUUAGCAAUCUAGAUCAUCGGUGGCAUGACCGGUCCAUUAGCUCUGCGAGCAUAUCCGAUGACCCGGCCCUUGGAAAACAGAGCCAUUGUCCUUUGGAGGCCGACAUAUGUGUGCAAGACAUUCUCAACCGACACGAUAUCAAGGAACGACCGCUGCAUCAUGAUUUCACAGAGUUCCUUCGACCCGUUGGUGUCAAUGAACGACUCGUUCCUAGCGUAGCUGGACUAUGGCAAGAUGAGACGCGGAGACGCAAAAAGAGAAUGGGCUUGACAGAUCCUGAUAGCAGCCCAUUUGGACCCGAAGAGUUGAUUUCCAUGUCUGCGGAUCCAAGAAACGAAGCUAAAGGCGGCUGGAUCCACGAAGAUGAGUUUCACGAGCUGGUGCUUCAAGUUGCUGCAAACGAACGAGCCAAAGAUGAUGAGAAGGACACUUCAUUUCAUACAUUUGUAACUGGAGAUAAACGGGUCGAUGAUAUUAAGACUGCGCUAAGUAGCGUUGAAGAUUUUUACCCCGAGAGACUCGAUAAGUCUCUUGAGACUGCUUCUCAGAAUAUCGAUAAGCAACCUGAAAUAUCGGUCGACGAGGAGCUUGUCCUAUCUUCUCAGCCGGAAGGACACUCGUUUGAGGAUGGCACGGCAGAGGGAACCCGGGACACUCUAGAUGCAGGCGUCGAAAGAGACUAUUGGCAAACUCAGGGAAUGGUACACGAAGACAGCUUCUACGAUGGUGUUUUUGAUGACUUCGCUAAUGAAGAAACUACCGAAGAGCAUGACACCGCCCAGUCUAGGAUAGAACAGCCUGUUCAUAGUGCGGCAGCGAAGGAUGCUCCAUCAGCAGACCUAGCGGAGAACCACGAGACACAGCUGAAUGAAAUCAGAGAAAGUCAAAUGAUUAUGAAGCGCAAGCAUGACAAUUUCGAUGGUACUUUGGAAUCAUACUCUAAAAAGCCACGAUUCUGGAGCAGUUACGAACCAUCAAAAGGUUCAACCACACCAGAAACAAACAGCCGAACAGAAAACGAAAGCCGAGAUGAAGCUCUGGCUCAGCCUAACUCUCAGUCAUCCGAACCAAGGUCGUCCUCUUCUCAAAAAACAGUCCGACCCAAGGUACAGACGCCCAAUACUAGAUUGAAAUUUCCCGUGGUCAAGGAUCCCAACGAUCCGCACACUAUCAUUCGAUUCAGUCAAGAAGAUUGUCAAUUUGGCAAAAGAGCAUCAGAAUCUUCCCAGCCGAUGUCAAGCCCACUGCCCUCGGGAUCUGUUACCAACAAGCCAGAGAACGGAAAUAAAAAUACAUCCUCCCCAUUAUUACGCUCUUCAUCUACAGUGGUCCCUGCCACUCUCAUUGAUCCACACAUUGCUGAGAUGAAAGAGAGCCUUUUGAGCUCAUUCAAAUUUUCUCCAUGCAAUCAUUUGCGCGUUUUCCGAUUUGCAGGUCCUGGCACAAAUGAAGUCAUUGAUAGCAUGAAUAAGUAUGGCCGUCCCUCGGUCGUUUACCAAAAAGCAUACUAUUCCGAAGAAACUGAUGUACCCGAGAGACCUCGGCAGUAUGCCGGACGAGAGUUUCGAUUAGAAAGCGAUACAAUUCAUUUUCUACCGGAGUUUGAUCCAACGGCAAACAUACCGGGCGUGUUUGGAGAGCACAUCCCGAUAUCUCAGGAUCGUGGACAGCAACAGAAGCUCGACCAACAACUUCGACAGUCAUGCACCAUAAGAGAGUGGGAAUUCGCAGCGGUUCCACCCAGUUAUGCAGAGGUUGUCGAAUGGUUUGAGAACCUUAAGAAGUCUAGUGAAGUCUUAGAGAAAAAGCCCAGAACUCCCAAGCUGGAGCCUCCGCCAGAACUCAUGUCACAAAUUGAUGGACCCACUCAAAACCCGCACGGCUUCAAAUAUUCACAGAAGAGUAAGCAGACCAGCGUGGUCCACCAGACCCAAUACAUGAGCACAAUGAGCCUUGAGGUGCAUGUCAAUACUCGUGGAAACCUAUCGGCCAAUCCUAUUGAAGAUGAAAUCUCUUGUAUUUUCUGGUGUCUACAAUCUGAGGACGAAGAACUUGAAGUGAACAGCCAUUUACCUGGUGUUCAUGUCGGAAUGAUCUAUCAGGGAGAGGAUGAGAAGCCAGAAGCCAAGGUCUCCAAAGCUUUGAAAGUGGAUAUGGAAUACGAGCCAACGGAGCUGGACUUGAUUAACCGCCUCGUUGACAUUGUUCGUUAUCAUGACCCCGACAUUCUUACUGGGUACGAAAUUCAUAACGCAUCCUGGGGGUAUGUCAUUGAACGUGCUCGAAAAAAGUACGACUUCGACAUCUGUGAUGAGAUCUCCCGAGUGAAAGCCCAAUCGCAUGGAAAAUUUGGCAAGGAAGAUGACAAGUGGGGACAUGGCCAUACAUCUUCGGUUCAAGUAACUGGUCGACACGCCAUCAAUAUUUGGCGAGCCAUGAGCGGCGAACUUAGCAAUUUGUUGAAGUAUACGAUGGAAAACGUCGUAUUCCACCUGCUCCACCGGCGAAUUCCACAUUACUCUCACAAGGACCUGACUAAGUGGUACCGCAGCGGAAAGCCUCGAGAUAUUAUGAAAGUUAUUGAUUACUUUGUUUCGAGAGCACAGACGAAUCUGGAGAUUCUCGAGGCAAAUGAGUUAAUCCCACGUACAAGUGAACAAGCUCGUUUACUUGGCAUAGACUUUUCUUCGGUCUACUAUCGAGGUUCUCAGUUCAAAGUCGAAUCUCUGAUGUUUCGAAUUGCUAAGCCAGAGAAUUACCUUCUUGUCUCGCCUAGCAGGAGACAGGUUGGACAGCAAAAUGCCCUCGAAUGCUUGCCGCUUGUGAUGGAGCCGCAAAGUGACUUCUACACAAGUCCAGUUUUGGUUCUCGACUUCCAAUCCCUUUACCCGAGUGUCAUGAUCGCAUACAAUUACUGCUAUUCAACCUUCCUAGGCAGGGCUUCCUCCUGGCGUGGCCGGGAUAAGAUGGGUUUCUUGGAUUAUGAUCGACAGCCACGGCUGCUAGAACUCCUGAAAGACAAAAUCAACAUUUCGCCAAACGGCAUGAUAUACGCCAAGCAGGAAGUAAGGCAGUCAUUGCUAGCAAAAAUGCUUACGGAAAUCCUCGAAACCCGAGUGAUGGUGAAAACUGGAAUGAAAGUCGACAAAGAUGACAAGAUCUUACAACGCCUUCUUAACAACCGUCAAUUAGCCCUUAAGCUAAUUGCUAACGUGACAUACGGGUACACCUCUGCAUCUUUCUCCGGGCGAAUGCCUUGCUCCGAGAUAGCAGAUAGCAUCGUCCAAUCUGGUCGUGAGACCUUGGAAAAAGCCAUCGCUCUAAUCCACUCCGUUGAGAGAUGGGACGCAGAAGUGGUAUACGGCGACACAGACAGUCUCUUCGUCCACCUAAAAGGCCGAACCCGCGAUCAAGCCUUUGAUAUAGGUGAAGAAAUUGCCCAGGCCGUAACAGACAUGAAUCCCCGACCUAUCAAACUUAAAUUCGAGAAAGUUUACCAUCCCUGCGUUCUCUUAGCUAAGAAACGCUACGUCGGAUUCAAAUACGAACAUCGCAAUCAAACUGAGCCAGAAUUUGACGCCAAGGGAAUUGAGACUGUUCGCCGCGACGGCACACCCGCCGAACAAAAGAUUGAAGAAAAAGCCUUGAAGAUACUUUUUCGUACCGCAGACCUCAGUCAAGUGAAAUCCUACUUCCAGCGUCAAUGCACGAAGAUUAUGCAGGGUCGUGUCUCCAUUCAGGAUUUUUGCUUCGCAAAAGAAGUCCGUCUAGGCUCGUACAGUGAUCGCGGUACACUCCCUGCUGGUGCAAUGAUCAGUACGAAACGAAUGAUUGAGGAUCAUCGCCUGGAACCGCAACACGGUGAACGAGUUCCCUACGUGGUUAUCACCGGUGCGCCAGGCUCGCGGCUCGUUGAUCGCUGCGUUGGACCUGAAACCCUGUUGCAAGAUGCACAGCUCGAUCUCGACGCAGAAUACUACAUCACAAAGAAUAUCAUUCCCCCAUUAGAGCGCAUAUUCAAUCUGGUUGGUGCGAAUGUCCGCCAGUGGUACGAUGAAAUGCCAAAGGUGCAGCGGAUUCGACGUGUCGAUAUCUCGUCAUCGGGUAAUAAGGAGAUGGGGCUCAUGAAACGCACGCUAGAGUCUUAUAUGCGAUCGUCUUCGUGUAUUAUCUGCAGAUCGAAACUGGCGGAUUCUUCUGUCCCUCUUUGUAAAGAGUGUCUCCAGCAGCCGCAUCUUACCCUCUUUGAUGCCAUCACGCGUCUUCAGCAGGCUGAGCAGCGAGUUGUUGAUCUUGAGGCGGUGUGUCGCUCUUGUAUGGGUGUCUCUGCUAUCGAUGAAGUGAGCUGUGAUAGUCUGGACUGUCCUGUCUUUUACAUGAGAACCCGCGAUGCAGCUAAUUGGCGCCAUUCGAGGGCUGCUUUGGAGCCAUUGAUUGAGCUGCUAGAGAAGAAGGGCGACGAGGGAUUGGAUUGGUGA